CUUAAUAUUAGGCUCGAGAUUUAUCGCGGGAUUCGUAGCAUCUCUAUUCCCAAAAAACAAAAAAGAAAUAAAAAAUCAAAUCAAAUCAAAUCAAAUCACACUCCCAUCUCUCUUCUUCUUCUUCUUCUUCUUCUUCUUCUCCAUCUACCCCAACACACACGCCUCGGGUCAAUGCGGUGCGAGGAGCGGUAGAGGAAUCGAGGGCUCUUCGGCCACCGAAUCCACGUUGGGGAAGCGAUUCCCCCGAUCGCGGGGCGGAAAAGCUCGGUUUUGGUGGGAAAAAGGGGGAGGAAAAGCUCGUCUUUUUGAGCUGUCGAUAGCUUCGGAUCCGAGAGCGCGAAGGAGCUUUUUUGGAUGAGGGAUCUCCGACCCCCCGGAUCUACGUACGAGAAGCGCUUCUUUCGGUUGCGGUGUGGAAAGCUCGAUUGAGGUGGGGAAAAGGGGCGAAAAAGCUCGCCUUUUGAGCCUUCCCUUUGCUGGAUCCGAGAAAUUUGAGGUAAAAGAGCUUUUUCAUGGGGUUUUAGGGUUUCUCGGGGGUUUCUGAGAAAACCCAGAUGGGGGCGUGCCCUGAUUGGCGCCUGAUUCGUACUGUUUAGGGUUUCCGAACCCCUCGAUUUAGGGUUUUUGUGGCGUUCAUCUGAUGAGGAUGGAGGAGAAUGCGGCGCUCCACACUAUACAGAGCUCGAUCCAAGCGUUGGGGAGGGGAUUCGACGUCAACCACGACACGAGGCUUCUAUAUUGCAAAGGGAUCGCGGGGUCUCGGCUAAUUGAGGUGGAUGCGCACGCUAGGGAUUUGGCGGUGUUCGAUGGCGUGGUUGUGCCCAAUGUGUCGAGGGAUGUGAAGUGUUCUUAUGAUAGUGGUGGAAGAGAGGGAACUGGUGCUUGUAGUUUCUAUGAGCGACCGCAGAUGGCAGAAUAUUUCAAUAGAAAGGCUAAUCUAUCAGGGAACAUCCCCCUUGGAUGCUUCAAUUCUGCAUUUAGCUUCACAGGAUUGAAGAAAACUGAUGCUGCAUCUACGAAGAGCCUCGCCAUGGAUGGGAAGUUCAUCCCUUUAUGUAAAGUUCAGAUUAUAAAGCAAUCCCUAACAUUGAAAGAAGAGGUGAGGCGUGCUGUGCCACUUUCAUGGGACCCAUCAUCUUUAUCAAGGUUUAUUGAGAAUUAUGGCACUCAUAUUAUUACAUCCAUUACUAUCGGUGGUAAGGAUGUAAUCUAUGUCAAGCAGCACAGUUCGUCGCCUUUGUCAGCCAUGGAAAUUAAAAAUUACGUACAAGACCUCGGAGAGCAGAGGUUCUCUGAAAGCGAGAGCCACACGAGCUCAGGUCCAAUGAAAGUGAAGGAUAAGGCUGUGGAUCCUUUCGUAUUCAACAGCCAGGGAGUAUAUCCGCAACCUCCUAACACGCCGUAUCUUACCGCAAAAGAGGAUGUAACAGUAAUUUUCAGAAGAAGGGGAGGUGACGAUCUAAUUCAAAGCCACACUCAUUGGGCAAGAACCAUCCGUUCAGCACCCGAUGUUAUUGAUAUGACCUUCUUUCCAAUCACUUCUCUACUUGAAAGGGUGCCUGGAAAGGACCAUCUUAUCCGUGCUAUCAACCUUUACCUCGAAUAUAAGCCCCCAGUUGAGGAGCUAAGAUACUUCUUAGAGUUUCAGGUUCCUAGAAUAUGGGCCCCAGUUCAAGAUGGGCUUCGAGGACAGCGAAGAAAAGAGCCAGUGUGCCCAUCUUUGCAGUUCAGCAUAAUGGGAAAGAAGCUAUAUAUCAGCCAAGAACAGGUAACAGUUGGGCGAAAACCAGUCACUGGACUAAGACUCUGCUUGGAAGGCCCAAAACAGAACCGACUAUGCAUACAAGUGCAGCACUUAUCGACCCUACCCAAGAUCUUCCAACCCUACUGGGAUGCCCAUGUGGCGAUUGGCGCACCAAAAUGGCAAGGACCCGAGGAACAAGACAGCCGAUGGUUCGAGCCUGUUAAGUGGAAGAACUUCUCCCAUGUCAGCACGGCUCCGGUUGAAUACCACGAGUCCUUCAUCGGCAACACCUCCGGCGUAUACGUAGUCACCGGGGCUCAGCUUGGAGUGUGGGAUUUCGGUGCAAAGAAUGUCCUUUACAUGAAAUUGUUAUAUUCUAAAGUACCUGGAUGCACUAUUAGGAGAUCAUUAUGGGACCAUAGCCCUACUGCUGCUGCUGCUACACCUACAAUUACCUUGGACGACAAACCUGAAUCUGGCGACUCGAGCUCGAGCUCGAGUUCAGCGGAUGCGGGCAGGUUGCUGAAGUUUGUGGACAUGUCGGAGAUGUAUAAAGGGCCGGACGAUAUACCCGGGCACUGGUUGGUGACGGGCGGGAAGCUCGGUGUUGAGAAAGGGAAGGUUGUUUUGAGAGUUAAGUAUUCUUUGUUGAACUACUGAAACCAGUUUGUUUUACGGGUGUUGACGGUUGUUGUGCAUUUUGCAUGUAUAUUAUGGAAAAAUUUGCUUCGAUUAAAUUUAGUGAGUCGAAGAUUUGAUUUUCCCCACAA